CAGAAGCCAUGCAGACGCGCAGCCAGCUGAUUCUGCUGGCGCUGCCGCUGCUGCUGCUGCUACGGCCGGGCGCCGCGGCGGCGGCGGAUGAGCUGCAGCAGCGGGCGCUGCUGGCUCUGUCCGACGCGCUCGCCUACCUGGAGGGCCAGUCGCAGGCGCUCCUCGACUCCGUGUUCUCCGUUGCCAUCACCGACGGGCAGCUGCAGGACAUGGUGGAGGCCACCCGCGACGCCAGCCUCAGGAGCACCCUGCAGCACCUGCAGGCGCGAGCUGCCGCCUUCGUGCGCGACAGGAGCCGCCAGCUGGCCCGCGUCGCCGACCACGCGGGCGCGCAGAUGCUGCAGCUCGCGCAGCCACGGCUGUGGCGAGGCCUGGGUCGGUACGGCACGUCGCCGCUAGUGGCGCCAGCGCAGCCUGGCGCGCUGACCGCCAGUUCACUGGCGAGCCUGCUGGUGCAGCGCUGGCCCUCCGAGGCCGACUCCGACCUGUGCCUGCGCGGCCUGCUGGACGGCUGCGGAGUCUCCGGCGGCUGCUGGAGGGUCGAGACCAGCAGCGUGCCGGUCCCCAGGGGCUACUCCACCACGCACCGCCUGCUCUUCUACUCCGUCGCCUGGAGGCUCGGCUGCGCCAACGCCACGUCUUUCGCUGAUACGGACUGGGGCAGCCGGAUCCCUGAGCUGUGUGCCAGCAUCUUGCUGGACGCCGAAGAACUCGCCGCGGGCGGCUACCUAUCACCCACCAGGGACCUCUUCACCGAGCAAAUUGUUCUUUGUGGCCUAGAGGGAUUUAAAGAAUUUAUAAAACCUUCGUGGCUGGAGAAGAUACUAUCAUGGCAACGACCAUUUGGCUGUUACGGAAAUCUGCAUAAUUCUAUACUACGCAAAAGGCGACGGAAGAGAACAGACAUCGCAGGCGACUACGACUGUUCGAUGCACUUCACUGGCUUAGCCGUCAGUGGAAUUACGCUGUUUCUCCGUGAUAUGAUAGAAACGAGAUAACGAGAAACUAUAUUGUAAUUUCACUUUAAAGAACUUAAUAAAACUUUGUUGAAAGCAUGCAAAA